AAAAUCAUGGGCUGCUGGAAUUCAAUCCCAAAGGAGUUACUAGGUUCUGAUCGUCCGUUCUACAGCCUCCGGCUGAACGUCAGAGUUUGGAGCAAGGACUCGCAUGGGUUGUAUGAUUAUUAUUAUAAAGAGGUUAAUCACUUAGCCAUUGAGGGAUACCCGAAGGGAGGAAAAAGUGUAGGUAAGAGCAAUUCGAGGGUUUAUUGCACGAAUUGACUCUGCGGUGGUACCUGUGACCUGUAUCGAAGAGAAAUCCCUAUUAUUUGUACUGGAAAUUGAUUUUUGUAUCGGAAUACUAGCCGAGAAAUUGAGUAUCAAGUAACAAUUCCAGAUGAAGUUGUGGAAGAGAAAUAUACAAAAAUAUUAUCAAUUGCGUAUAAGAAGGGCCGAUAUUGGCUCUAUCAUGGCAAGGACUUAGCAGUAGAAGAUGUGCUAAAGACUCCUUCAGAACAGCUAUGGAUGCCUGUUAGCACAGCUACUAGUGUUAAUAAUAAAGAAAAGUAUAGCAAAUAUUUUGGCUACAAGAUCAAACAAGGCGAUAUUUUGAAAUUCGGAAGAGUAAGAUUCAGAGUGAAGAAGAUAAGUUCUUCUGGAAAUAUGGAAAAGAUGGAACAAAAUAUCCCUUCUGAAUCAAUACACAUGACUGAGAAGGACGGAGAUAUUGACCAGAGCAUGAACUCUAAACACUCUUUUGGUUCAUCUGCGUUAAGCGAGAUGAAAUAAACAGGUAAAUGACUUCUUCCAAAAGUGUAAUUCUGAACUCUCUUUUGAAGCAAAGAAGCAUAUUGAUUUGGAUAAGACCUCAUCUACUUGUGAGAGGAUGUGCAGAGUUUGACUUUGAGGCGAGGACGAAAUGACAGAAGAUGAAGAGGAGAACCCUCUCUUCUCUAUUUGUACAUGCGCAGGAUCGAUGAAGUACAUUCACCUUGGGUGUAUACGGACAUGGCUUGAAGGAAAGAUACACAAGAAAAACAGCGAUUUUAUCCAUUCCUAUAACUGGAAGAACCUUGAAUGCGAGUUGUGUAAGACUAGGUUUAAAGAUACACACUGGCACAAUGGGCAGCAGUAUAAUAUACUUAACUAUCUCCGACCAACAGAUGGUGCAUAUUUGAUAAUGGAGUCAUUCACUAAUACUCCACAUAAGACAAUUCAUGUAGUGUCAAUUUCUAAACAUCAUUUGAAACGGAAGUCAGCAUUCUCUUUCUUAGUAGGACGAGAAAAUAUCGUAGACAUCAGAAUUACCGAUAUCAGUGUUUCGAGGGCCCAUGCGUAUGUGAAUUACUUCAAUGGAGAUUUUUAUGUCAUGGAUAACCAAGCUAAAUUUGGAACGCUCGCUCUUGUUCAGAAGCCUAUCGAAGUUCCAUAUAAAAAGGAUUUCUCAGUCUCAAUGCAGCUUGGGAGAUACUUAUUGUCUGUCUCUCCUGAGAUGCAGAAACCACAAGUUUGUGGGAGGAAUAAAUUUGAAAGAAUCGUGGGUAUGAACGAGCAGGUUUUUGAUGAUCAUAUUCACAAGUACCCAUAUAUGCUCGGAAUUAAGAUGGGUGUGAUUAACAAGAAGUCUAUAAAGACCUUCCAGGACCGCGACGGUCAUGAGGAGCUGAACGAACUCCAUCAGAGGAAAAUGAAGAAGAACAAUAAAAGCAGGAAGGUCUAUGCUGAUUCAGAAGGCGACCAAGACCUUAUUAAAGUUGAGACUCAGAAUGUUCUUUCCUCUGUAGUGAAAAAUGGCCUCUUUGAAGAGCUGAAAGAAGGUAAUGACUCUCUGUUUCGAAGUAAAGGGGUAGAAAGCACUCGGAUGUUUAAGGAAUCCAUCGGAGCAUCUACUGAUUUGAAAACUUCUGUGGAUCCAGGGUUUACUCUGACGAAGAAAACGAAUAAUUUCAUGACUGAUGAAAGGAUUUCGCUCACACAGAGAGGUUUUGGAAUGUCUCCCAAUGCUAAUGAAACUGAUACUUUACCAUCCAACAUGCAGAUGCAACCCAGAGGGGUCUUAGUAGACCCAGAGCAAUACCAGAUUCCGCACCCAAGUCGGAGGGAGAACACAGAGCUGCUUGAAAGUGUCCCUCGACGGCUAGACGAAGAUGAAGAAGAGGAGGAAGAAAAGCAUGAAGCUUCCCAUAUCAACACAAGUCAUGUUAAGAGAAAGCACCAUAAUAUUAUUGGAAAGAUUGGUCUCAGAGACUUCACAUCAAAUUCCAAGCUUAAGUAUAAGUGUAAGCCUCUCAUUCGCUCAAGUAUGAACAAACCUCCCAUGAACGAGAUUAAUGAGGUAGUCAAUGAAGAGAGAUAUCGACUAGACCAGUCAGUGAAUAGCAAUGAAAAUCUUAGCAGUCAACAAGAUAUAAACCAACAUUAUGACGACCGAAAAUUUGAAGAGGAGAAAGAGCGAAUUAAGGAAGAAAUCAAAGAAGAAGUCAAGGAAGAUAUCUUACCCAAAGUUAAGCCCAAGUUGGAGCCUGGGCAUAAAUCUCAGAGCUGACGUAAAAUUCCUGAGAUCUCUGAGGAUGAACGGAACUCAUCUUCUGUAUUGCAGCUCAAUAAAGUGAAGAUGAACAAUAACUUCUUUAAUUUGUAG